CUCCUGCUGCCGCUGCCGCCGCUCCCGCCUCUCCCGCCUCCCGGGCGGUUGGGGAUGGGGUUGGAGCUGGGCUUCGCCGAGGCGACCCCGGGCUGGCGGCUGCGGAGCGGCCACUUCCCCAGCAAGCUCUACGCGCCGCUGCCCGACCCCCACCACGCCUUCCACCGCGCCCUCUUCGUCUUCGCCUGCCGGGACCCCGCCUGCUGCCUCGCCUUCCGCGUUUUCAGGAACCAGCUCCCCCGGAAAAACGCCUUCUACCCCUACGAGCCGCCGCCCGAAGAGGCUCCGCCGCCGGGAGCGGCCGCCGCGGUGCCCUCGCAGCUGGGCUCGGGGGUCUGGCUUUGCCGCGUGUGCGGCUGCCCGGGACCCAAGGCCUGUGCCCGCUGCCACCGGGCCCAUUACUGCAGCAGACAUCACCAGACCCUGGACUGGAAGAUGGGCCACAAGCAGGCCUGCCCGCUGCCCGAGGACCUGGAUGGAGCCAUCCCAGACCACCAAUUCCUUUUCCCGGAGUACGAAAUCGUGAUAGAAGCAGAAGAGCCCGAUUCGGAUGGCGAGGGCGAGGAGGAUGGUGACGUGGGCGGCGUGGAAGACUCUGCUGCGGACCCAGAGCUCCCGGGCUCCCUGGGAGAAGCUCCCGAGGCAGCCCUGGAUGCUCUGGCCAAGCACGAGUCCAGAGAAGACAGGAUCUUCCAGCAGUUUAAAGCUAAAACUGAGCGGGAGCCCGAACAGAUUCUCAGGUACGGCAGAGGCGUUGACCCGCUCUGGAUCUCCGGAGAAGGCAUCCCGCAAGAGAAAGAUAUUCCCCCUUGCCCGUGUGGGGCCAGGAGGGAGUUUGAAUUCCAGGUCAUGCCUCAGCUCCUCAACUACCUGAAGGCUGACCGACUGGGCACGAGCCUGGACUGGGGGGUGCUGGCCGUCUACACUUGCGCCCGCAGCUGCAGCCUGGCUACCACCCACUACAUCGAAGAGUUCAUCUGGAAGCAAGACGUGGCGGGAUCCGCCUGACGCAGCAGGGCCCCACUCCCAACGUGCAGGGUCAGGAUGAGUGGCACCAGAGCCCCUCCAGCUCGGCCCCAACCACCCCUCAGCUGAACGGACUCCUACCGGUUUAAAAAGCAUUCGUUUAUUAAACAGAAGGCGCCAAGGGCCCGUGGGACCAACCGCUGCACGCAGAUGGGGCCGUGCCCGGGGCCGUGCCCCCGCCCGGCCUGGCAGCUUGGUCGCUCCGAGGUCCCUGCUGGAAUGGUGAACACUGAAGCCCCCCUGGGUCAGGGAAGGGGGUGGGAGGGCCUGUAAAUACCCAAUAUAAAUAAAGUCAACACUGCACCGA